AUGAGCAGCAGCAAACCGGAUGAGUGAGCGCACUGCACGACAUCAUACGAUAGGCCAGUAGCCAUCCACCUCCACUCCCGAGUCACCACGGCACCACACCACCCAAGCGCCGCCACCUACGCGCUUCUUCUCUUCUAUAACAUAACACCGACAAGCUGGCGGAGUACAUACCCCUUAUCGCCUCAUAUCACUUUCCUAGUGAUCGCUGACUCCACCUUGGUAGCUUCCUCUUCGUCUCCGGCUGGGGCCAUGGCGGGUCCUCCUUGAAGCCCACCACCUCCCGCCCGAGUACCCUCACCCGAUCGCAGACACCGACGCCGACGACACCCGCCAAGUCACGCUUCGCAUUCACCCCUCGGCUGAUGAAGAGCAUGAGUACGCCCAACAUCAACCAGCAGAAUCCGAGCAUGGCCGCGGCGGGCCCCACACAAGCAGUCAGCGCACUUCGAGACGACCACGGCAUCAUGGAUACUCGUACACCCAGCCCCGUGCAGCGCACAAUCAGCGAGGAGAGCAACGAGAGCAGUGAUCCGGAUUACAAGCCCGAUCUGAGCGCUGAGGUGGCGAUGCUGAGUACGAAACUUGUGAAUGCGAUCAAUUUUCAGACAAACCUGGAUGAUUCGCUACAGCAGACAAGGCAUGAGCUGGAGCAGACAAGGCAGCGAUGCGCGACACUAGAAGAGCAGAACAGGAAACACGAAGAGCUCGUCAAGAGUGGGGAGCUGGUGAAACGAAGCGAGACGGAUAAGGUCAUGGCUCGAUUACGAGUAGACCUUGGGAGCGAGAAAGCCGCGCGGCUGGCAGCAGAGAAGGCGAGAAAGCAGACGGAUGCCGAAUUGGAGAACCUGACCACACAGCUGUUCGAAGAAGCGAAUAAUAUGGUCGCAGCCGCACGGAAAGACACUGAAGCCGCGGAGAAGAGGAUUGCGCAGUUGAAGAGCGAGUUGCAGAACCGAGACAUGCUCUUGGAUGCUCAAGCAGCACAAUUGCAAGAUCUGAAGGGAACCAUGGAGAGACUGCAGACCCAGACGCCCCCUGGCGCAGACCCGAGUGUGCCCUCGACGCCAGUAAUGACAAAUACCGCGAUAUUUGAUGCACUACAGCAAUCGCCGAAUGCAUCGACUCUUUCCGAUCUGCCACCAGAGCAUCCGCUGCACUUCUCGCAGCUCAUCUCUCCGGUAUUGAGAAAUGAUACUACAGGGUACACCGAUUUCCAGGACCUACUUCUGCUAGCGCGGAGACUCGGAGCACCCUCACGGACGAACAGCAACGCCGGGACCCCCUCUCUCGGAGGUUCGGUCGGGUCUGCCGCAUCUACAUCAUCACCGAUCCUGCCGGGGUCUUUCUCGUUCGCUGGCAAUUCAAGCCCGUCGUCAAGCCUUGGCGGAUCCAUUCCGCCGCUCAAGGACAGCAAAUUCUACAAGCGUGUCCUGACCGAAGACAUUGAACCGACCCUAAGACUAGACUUGGCGCCUGGACUGUCCUUCCUCAGCAGACGAACUGUGCUUGGAUCUUUACUGCAGGGAACACUGGCCGUUGAACCAUACCCGCAUAAUAAACAUUACUUUGCUUGUACUCUUUGCGGGGAGAGCAGAAGGAACGAGCCUUACCAGCGGAAAUACCGCUUUAGAACGUCCGAAGACGACAAUGCGUCGAAGCCUCUUUGCGACUACUGUGUCUCGCGAUUAAGGGCAACGUGCGAUUUUGUCGGCUUCUUGAGAAUGGUGCGAGACGGGCACUGGAAAUGCGACAGCGAAGACGACAUGAAGAGUGGAUGGGAAGAGAGCGUACGACUGAGAGAGCGGAUGUUCUGGACUCGUGUGGGAGGAGGCGUUGUGCCGUGUCUACAAUUACAGAAGAAUGCGGAUGCUACUCCAUCUUCAGCCGCUGCUGUCAAGAGCGGUCGGCAGAGCCUGGAGAGCAUCCCUGAGGGCCACCGUAUCAAGAACCUGGACGCCGAGAUUAGUUUCUUUGAGGGCGAGUCAGAAAGACCGAAGAGCGCCAUUGGGCAGGCUAUUGUGGGCAUGGCUAGCGGUGCUGCUGCUGUGGCUACUCCAGAUUUGCAACCGCAACAGACGGAAGAGAACAAUUUCGUUACGCCGCCUCCGAGCAGUCACUUAAGCUUAGAAGAAGCGGAUGCUCUGGCUACUGCUUCUCCUCAGCCCACUACGCCUUUCGAGGAUGCGGUCUCAGAGCCUCAGAUGUCAGUCGAAGAGCCCAACUCGCAGGACGCCCUGGCCAGGUCAGAGGCCGCGCUUUCGGCAAAACAAGACGAGAAGCCGGAAUCGAUGGAGAAGAAUAACGAAGUCGCUGCGUCAGAAGACCAACCAUCUGAAGAAGAGCCGCAACGACGAGGAUCAAUCGAGUUGGAAACGAGCUCUCUGCACGUCGCUGCCGCCUUACCCUCAGAGACUACACCUAGAAGCUCUUACAACGUUGAACGACCCCAAUCCCACCAACGCAAUAACUCUUCUGUCCUUGCGCGGGUGCGAGCAAUGGAGGCUGGAAAAAAUUAG